AUGGCAUACCCUUACACUUUUAACAAUAAAAAUAACGACUAUAAUGCUGUUGAAUAUAAUAAUAAUGGAUAUACUAACUUUGGAAAUAACGGUAAUAACUUUCAGGAGCAGCAACUCCAGCGAGUGCAAGACAUUUAUGAAAACAAUAGGUAUCCACCAAUCGACAAUAGACCAUUAAAUAAUGGGAGGAAUUUAGGGUAUUCACAGCAACCAGAACCUCUACAAGAUUAUAACAGAACUUCACCUAAAUAUUCCUCUCCACCUUUAGAAGUGUACCCACCGUCACCUAACAAACAGCCUCAAGAAGAAAUACAGCAUGCCGUUGCGGAACCUUUAGUUACAAAGUUUGGCCAGCAAGAAAUGCAGCCACAAUAUAAACAAUAUAACAUACAACAGCAAUAUAUUCCAGAUUACUCGAAUUAUCAAAAUCAAAACUAUAAUUCGCAGAUGCAGUCACCUUUAUAUAAUCCUCAGAUGCCAACUCCAAUGUCUUAUGGUCACGAACCACCAUCAGAGCCCUCUUAUAAUUACCAUAAUCAAAUUUCAAAACCAGAUUAUCUUUCAUCAUCAACAUAUAAUUUAAAUCAAACACAACCUUAUUCACGUUCUCCAUUUAACACUGAAAAUACGGCAUACACAUCAAACGGUCCUCAACCUCCAAAAAACAAUUAUUCUAAUUAUUCUCAGUCACAAAAUACAACAUACACUUCAAAUGAUCCAUAUCCUCCGAACAAUUAUUCACCACCUUUAAAUGCAGCAUAUACAUCAAACGAUCCUCGUCCUCCUAAAAGUUAUACUCAAAACAUUGAAAAUACAUCAAGCGAUCCACGUCUUCCAAAAAGUUAUACUCAAAACAUUGAAAAUACAACAAGCGAUCCACGUCCUCCAAAAAAUUAUUCACCAACUCUAAAUAAAGCAUAUACAUCUAAUGAUCCACGUCCUCCAAAAAAUUAUUCCCCAUCUCAAGACAAUAAUAGCCCUCGCCCUCCAAAAAGUUAUUCCCCAUCUCAAGACAAUGAUAGCCCUCGCCCUCCAAAGAAUUAUUCUCCACCCACAAAUACAUCAUCUACUUUAAAUGCUCCGCGUGCCCCAAAAAACUAUUCCCCAUCUCAAAAUGCUAAUUCUGGUUCUCAAAAUGAUUAUUCACCAUCUUCACAACCUGCAAUUGAGGUUCCAACUUACAUGGGCGGAAAUAAGAAAGAUCGAAUUUUGCAAAAGAAUGAUAGAUGUUGUAGUUGUUCAAUUUGCGGAUGCAUACAAUGCACAUGUACCGUACUUAUGGUUCUUAUUGGUGUAAUUUUUAUUAUUGCCGGUGUAGCAAUGUUUAUUUAUGCCAGAACGCUCCCUUCUUUUUGUGGUUCAUCUUGUGACCCAAGUCAAGUCACUAAUUCAACAAAUUCAACAUCUGCGAUUCCAGGCAAUGCCACUACUACAGUUAAUAAAGCUGUCGGCGAUGGUAGUUCUCAAUGUAAAGCUAUAUGCCAGAAAAUCAUAUACGAGGCAUUAUACUAUGGUGGUUGGAGUUGUAUUGGCUUUGGUGCAUUAUUAGUGUUGGUACAAAUUCUUAAAACACUAUGUAAAACUGGCCAAAAAUCAUGUUUCUGUUGUUAA